GUCCCGCCUCCUCCCUUUCGGUCCCCGGAGAAAGCGGGCGAGCUUCCCGCGGCCGCGCUGCGCUUCCCGGCGCGUCUGUUCCCCGAGUAGGGCCUCCCCUCCGCCGCCGCCCGCGCGUGUCCGUGCCCGGCCGUGCGGCUGCGCCCACCCUCGCGGCAGCAUCCCUGGCCCCAGCCCCUCCCGGUCGGCCCGCCGUUCCUCCGCUGCCACCGCUGCCGGCACCAUGGGCAGUGAGCAGAGCUCCGAGGUCGAGAGCCGACCCAACGAUCUGAACUCCUCAGUGACCCCUUCUCCAGCGAAGCAUAGAGCCAAGAUGGACGAUAUUGUGGUUGUAGCUCCAGGCUCCCAACCCUCAAGGAACGUUAGCAACGAUCCUGAUGUCAUCAAGUUGCAAGAGAUUCCAACCUUCCAGCCGCUUUUGAAAGGGCUAUUGAGUGGCCAGACUUCCCCAACAAAUACCAAAUUGGAGAAAUUGGAUUCUCAGCAGGUGUUACAGCUCUGCCUGCGAUAUCAGGAUCACCUUCAUCAGUGUGCAGAGGCCGUUGCCUUUGAUCAGAAUGCUUUGGUUAAACGAAUCAAAGAGAAGCCUGCUCCUCUCAGAGUGACUCUCACUUUGAGCUUAGGAAUGCCUUCAGAUGUCUACACAUCAUUUGGAGGGUCUGAACAGUUCACACCUGAGGCAUGGUACUACUCUCAUCCACAGAAGUCCUCAAAGACCUAGACUACUUCUAGCUCACUUCUCUACCAGCCCUAGGAUGUGACCUUACUUAUUCCUGUGGUCUAAGAGGGCUGUGUCUGCAUUCCAGCAGGAUCAGAGAGAGGGAAGGGAUGAAGAAGGAGCAGAGAGUGUGUGCCAGCUGAGUCUUCAGGAAGAUACCCAGAAGCUGCCAUGAGAGACUUCCACAUAUGCGUACCACUGAGUAGAACCGAGUCAUGUGGUCAGAGCAAGGUGUGGGUUUUGAGGCAAGAGUUGUGGAAAAUAGUCAUUUUCUAUUGGAAAAAAUCUAAUAGUUUUUUCACUUAAAUGGUUCUCUGAAAGUCCCUGAAACAAAGCUCUUUGCAACAUUUCCCUUUCUGGACCUGAGUUUUCUGGAAUUGCAAAGCUAUGUUAACAAAGACAGUGGAAAACAAAAGUCAUUUCAACAUAAACAAUAAGCUGUGUGGAGUACAAAUAGUGUGGUUCUCAAUAUCUAUGCCCUCAGGACCUUGCAUAUGAUAUGGCACAUAGUAGCACUUAAUAUAUGUCUGUUGACUAUCUAUAUUAUAUAUAUGUUUCCUUAUUAGAAUCUUUGUGCCAAAAAUAGAACCAGGAAAGGUGAAUAAGGAUAUAUUCCAGAUUGUCAAAAUGGUAGAUUCAGAAUUGCAUUAGAUACUGACUUACUGCCUUAAAGUCUGUUCAGAUGUGCUGGAGUAAGUCUACACACAUGGCUUCACACAAAGGCACAUGGGUACACACAAAGGUAGGCUUUAGGGAUCAGCAGCAGUGUUGCCUCAAGAAAGAAAGAAGGGCUCUGGGGUACCUGGUUGAGCAUCUGCCUUUGGCUCAGGUUGUGAUCCUGGGGUCCUGGGAUCGAGUUCUGCUUCUCCCUCUGCCUAUGUCUCUGUGCGUCUCAUGAAUAAAAUAAAUGAAAUCUUAAAAAAAAAACGGGGGGUGGGGAGUAAAGGGCAGGGACAUGAGAAAGAGGCAUCACCAGUUUUAUUACACUCUCCCAACUGAAGUCUUACUUGCACCAAUGUGACGCUUUCCUUGCAGCAGUCAGAAAGGAGGAGGAAGGAUUUGAAAGACAUUAAUGUUUCCAUCACAUGAUUCAAUGUUCUUUGAUGUCAUGCCAUGCAUCAAGUAAUAUCUCAUGCCUAACUAUUGGUACACUCUCUUGCUUAGGGAAUACUGAUGAAAGGAAGAUGCUUGACUGAGGAGGUCUGGGUUCAGGUUUUGGUUCUGUCACUGUGAGACCUAGCAGGUCACUCUGCUUCAGGUUUCCUCUUCUGUGGUUUUUUUCCUCCAUGGACUGUCAUGGAAUUGACUCUUGAGAGACAUACUUAACUGUCAGCGUGUAUGAACAGCAUGCUUGAAUUAUGUGUGGCCACCUAGGCACUAAGCAUGACAUGGCUUUGGACAAAAGCUCUGAAUACAUCAAACAUGGGCCCCAGUCGGAUGUGGAUUUCUGUGGGCAAGUGUAGGUCAUUUGAACAAAUGCCACUGUCUGAUCUACUAUAAAUCGGGGGGGGGGGUGGAAGUGGUUGAUUGCUGAGGGCCUAAGACAUAAUAAGUUAGAGUCUUGGAGGCCAUUUCAGAUAAACUUCACAGGUGUUUGUCUAGUCUAGUAGAGUUGGGUGUGGGGAGAACGACGACGCCCCCACCAAGUGAGAUGUGACUCAAGAUGGUUCCAAAUGCUGGAGCAGGCAGUCAGUGAGUUCUGCUGGUUCUUAGGAAGAGCUCCCACGUCAUCUACUGUCUUUUGGAAGGUGAAGUGUUUCUAGGUGCUGGAUUGAAUUACCAUCCUGAAAAGGCCCGGUGGUUGACUCUUAGGAACACUCUUAGCCUUCAAAGUGCUGAACAGGGCUGCAGAGAACCAUCUGAAGGUAGAAAUUGUUUCCACGGUAUUGGGAGGUGGUUGUUUCCCUCCCUCCCACAUCUCCCACUUGCUGUUUUUUUUUUUGUCCCCUGAGCAUUUCAAAACAAGUGAGGAAAGAACCAACAUAGAAAAAAACCACAUUGAGUUCUUCUAACACCUCCCUUACCAUCCACCUCUCCACGGCAACCUCCCCCCCCCAACAAACACAGUAUAAAAAUAGAACUGGUUAUUUUUUUCUUGGGACUGGCUUUGGCUUCCUCAUGUUGGUUUGGUUUGGUUCUUUUUUGUUUUGUUUUGUUUUUUAGAGGAAGGGGAGGGGCAGAGCGAGAGGAGAGAGAAUCUCUAGCAGGCUCCACACCCAGCACAGAGCCCAACUCAGGGCUCGAUCUCACGACCCUGCGAUCAUGAUCUGACCCAAAGCCAAGACUGGAUGCUUAACUGACUGAGCCACCCAGGCACCCCAUGGUUUGGUUUUCCUCACACCAUUUCUGUAGGCUCUGGUAACAUGCAUCAGGUGCCAGCCCUUUGCAUGAGGCUGGGGGUGGGCAAGGGACAUGUCCCUGGAGUAGGCAAGAACGAGGGGCUGAAGCAGCAUCUGAACUAAGUUUCAGGGUAGAAAUUGGGAAUCUUAGCAGCUUGUGGCUUCCCUACAAGGAGGGCGUAAAGGCACCUGACAGGCUGGAGGUGCCCUCCCCCUAUUUUUAUCCAGGUGACAGCUUCCAAAGAAUUUCACCAGGGGAAGGAAAUAGUCACAAAAUGGGAGUGCAGAGCCUAAGUUUGUUUAACCGGGAGAGAGAGUGCCCCACAGCACCGUCUCUGUGAGAGUUUGCCUCACAGCAGUAUGGUCCACCAUAUGCAUGUGAGCCUUGGUUGUCAGAGAAAGCCACCCUGUCCCCUGCAGUUCUCCCCCAGUGGCUGCCACCCCGCGGCCGUUCAAGGAAGAGAGGAAAGGAUGACACAUGUUGUGGAGCACCUCGGAGCCAUGCCAGCUCCUGCACUAGAUGUGUUGUCUCAUUCCAUCCUCACAGCAGCCCUAUAGUUUGGGAAUCCAUUCCCUAUUUGUUUGCUUUUUAAGGUUUUAUAUUAUUUAUUUGAGAGUGUACACACAAGCAGGGAGGAGCAGCAGCCAGAGGGAGAGGGUGAAGCAGACUCCCCGCUGAGCAGGGAGCCCAAUGUGGGACUUGAUCCCAGGACCCCGAGAUCAUGACCUGAGCCAAAGGCAGACACUUAACCAACUGAGCCCCCAGAUUUGUGGUUUUUGCACACGUGGACCCUGAGACAGAAAGGAUAAGUAUUAUCAACUCAGGUGGCAGAGCCACAUUUCAAACCCUGGUCACAUUUCCAAGCCCAGGAUUCUUUAUGUAGGGAGUGAACAAUCUGAGGGUCUCAGCAAGGUAUAAGUGGCUCACAUGCCCAAAACAGAGCCAGAAAUAGCCAUGUCUCAGUCCUCCUCCAAUGAUGAUCGUGGGGCAGCAGUUGAUAACGCUGUGCUCAUGAGGGUCUUUUUUGAAUCCACCAGCACUUCCUGUAAGCGGGCAGCUUCCACUUGGCCUUAUGGGGCUCAUGCUGCACACCUGUCCUCUUGAGAGGACUUGGUUCAACCAGGUUUAAUGUGUUUCCCUUCUCUUCUCCCU